GAAACGGAAACCCGAAUAACUUAUUAUUGUAAUUCAUCGUGACAGUCUUUGGCCUAUCGUGCCAUUCAUUUUCCACUGUUGUGUCAUUACUUCACUACUUCUUAACCUAGACGCGAGUCUGACCUCACGUACCAAUGGCAACGGUACCCGACUCUAUCUGGGAUAUCCCGAGAUCUCCAACCCCAGGAGACGUAGAGGCUGUUCCCGUACGUCGGUCUGGAAGAGUCAAGAAGGAGCCUCCCAAGAAGAAAGAGAAGGCCUCAGACGCUUCUGUCCCACACGAACGCCCGAAGCGUAAGGCGGCUGCUGCUGCUGCUGCCGCGCGAAACAUAGUCUCCGAUGAUGUCAAUUCUCUUAUUGAAGAGACGCUUGGCCAAAUAGAGCCGGACGAGUGCCGGGAGUACGAUGGCUGGGUCGAGCUUGAAUCGGAGCCGGCCUUCUUCGAGUCCAUGCUUUUACAGCUCGGGGCCAAAGAUUUCACGGUUGAUGAAGUCCUCCAGUUGGACUCGGACUAUCUUGACAUCCUUCCGCAGCCAAUACAUGGCUUAAUCUUCUUAUUUGAGUAUGAAGGCAGCGACGAUGAUGAAGACGAGUAUAAUCGCCAAGACUGUCCAGAUCACCUUUGGUUUGCCAACCAGACUGUCUCGAAUGCCUGCGCAACCUUUGCGCUCAUGAACAUUGUCAUGAACGCCCAGGGUGUUAGUCUUGGUGACCAACUUCAGGAAUUCAAGGACUCGACCAAGGACUUAUUGCCACCUCAUCGCGGUCAUUUUCUUGAAACGAACGACGCCAUCCGUUCCACCCACAACUCGGUCGCCAGACGAGUCGAUCUUUUAGCAGAAGAUCUUAGCCUUGAUAACAAGCGAGAAGAGUCACUAGCAAAGAAGAAGAAGAAGAAGCAGAAGAAGGCACAGAAGCCGUCACGCACCACAGUGAAGAAGGUGACCGCCGACCUGAACUUUCACUACAUCGCAUUCGUGCCAGUCAGCGGUCAACUAUGGGAACUCGACGGAAUGUAUAAGAAGCCUCUUUGUCUUGGGCCCAUUACACCAAACUCGUGGUUAGAGACUGCCUGUCCUAUUAUCUUGAAUCGCAUGGCAAAAAUGUCAGAACAGUACAAUCUCCUGGCUGUUUGCCAGUCUCCCCUAAAGGCACUUUCCAGCGAGCUGGGAACCAACUACGCCUGCGGCCGCUACCUCCACGAAGCCGGACACAUGAUCCCAACAUGGGGUGUUCCGGAUCCCCUGAAGGAUGUGUCCGAUGCGCAAUUAGCCGAAUAUAAUCUAACCCGAGCAGCCAUCAAUGCUCUCCAUCCUCCGCCCGAUUUUCUAAAGCAGGUUAUGCGCGAAGACUUCGAUGCCCACGCUGCAAGAAAGCUGGCGAGUGAGUUGGAGAACCGUCGAUUGUUCCUCAUUACCCAGCAUGCGAAUGGUCUGGACAAAGCUAACCUGGCUGUGGACGUUAUUAGAGGUCGGCAGCGGGACUUCACCCCUGCCGUUCAUCGAUGGGCGCGCGUACUUGCUGAGAAGGGUAUGCUGCGACAGAUGAUCCGAGAUAUGGACUAAGUCGCCUGACUAACCAUGUCGCGAUAUCGCAGCACACUGCUAUCCUGUGUUGCGCGAUGGUAUAUGAACCAGUGGGUUUACUAUGUUUGCAACGUGGCAUGAUUUGAGUCUGAGAAGAGAGAGAAAGAUGAAGAGAGUGAUGACAGAGAGAGUAUGUGAUGAAGAUCAUUGAGUAAAUCUUGCUCUUGCACUGAAGUCGAUAUCAGUACCGCCUAUAGGUACUGCCUACACACGAACGAGGCAUGGAUAGGGACUAUACCCUGGCGUCAGAUCAUAUGUGAACACGCGGCUUACUCAUCACCAUUUUCCGCCUGUGUCACUCCCACCCCCUUAUGGAAGAAAGGGAACGCUGAAGAAGGCGAGGAAACGAUUUUAAUGUAUAGGCCUCUGGGGAUUACCUAUAUACCCCGGGGUCUCAUAUCGUGACGUACAAGUGGAAGAAGGGAAAACUGGAGAGGCUGAGAAAACGAUGGUCGUGUAUUGGCCUCGGGGGAUAUUUAUCCCUAGGGUCUCAUAUCGUGUAGCACGAAGAGUGCGUUUGUUCUGGGCAUGGCUAUGAGCAACCCGUCUACCGCCUACCUUCUAUUGUUAAGUGGCUGCUUGCUUGCUUGCUAGUUAACCUACUAGGUAAUCUAGGUACAUAAUUUGGCCACGGAGAAGGAGAAGGAGAAGGAGGGAAGGGCCUGCGAUCCUACCUCCCUAGGUACAUA